UCCAUAGACCAGUUAACUAAAAAGGAGUGGAAAUACUGCCAAGUAAUUAAAAAAACAAACAAAAAAAAGUAGGCUACAAUACUGGAUGUGUUUGCUGAGUUUUUGAAUCUCUAGAAUGUCGUUCCUGGGCUACGCAGCUCUGCUCUUGUGUUGGGUGCAUUGUGCUGCACAGAGAGCUUGUGAAGAACCCCCUCCUAGGAGGGUAAAAGAAGUGCCUACUAAAAGAUGGGACAAGCCUCCCUAUCCACAUGGGACUCAAGCAACAUACAAUUGUCGGCCUGGAUAUAUAAAAAUUGGAAGAGUUGCAUUUCGGUGUGUUGAUGGAGCCUGGGAGCAGCUGACCCCAGUGACAGAAUGCAGAAAUAAGCCCUGUGGACAUCCUGGAGACACUGAGUUUGGUUUCUUUGAACUUACCAGUGGAAGUGAAUUUGUGUUUGGUGCCAGAGUCGAGUACAGAUGUAACGAUGGAUACCAGAUGCUCAGCCAAAGGAAUUACCGUGAGUGUCAGGCAGAUGGAUGGAGCAAUGACAUCCCUCACUGUGAAGUGAUAAAGUGUUUACCUGUACAAGAACCUGAAAAUGGAAGGAUAAUUAUGACUGGUGCAUUUGAGCUAGGCCAAGAAUAUUCCUUUGGCCAGGUUGUAAAUUUUGAAUGUAAUGCAAAACACAAGCUUGUUGGAGCUGAAGAAAUCGUUUGCUCUGCUAAUGGAAAAUGGAGUAACGAUGUGCCUCAGUGCAAAGAAAUUAUCUGUGAUGUGCCAGAAAUUCCACAUGGAUAUGUUCGUUCUCCAAAGAAGUCUUACAAGGAAAAUGAAAUAAUGCAGUUUUUCUGUGAAGUGGGACACAAAUAUGGUAACAGGGCAGAUGCACUGUGCACUGAAUCGGGAUGGAAUCCACCUCCCUAUUGCACUGAAAUUGUAUGCUCUCCUCCAGUAAUUUCCUCUGGGAACUUUAGACCUCAAAAAGACAAGUACACACUGGGUAAUACAAUCACAGUGGAAUGUGAUGAUGGGUAUCAUUUUAAAGUGAUAACUGGCAGAAACACAGCUGAAUGCACCAAGAAUGGCUGGGUGCCUGAUCCAGCUUGUGUCCGGAAACCGUGUGACUACCCAGCUAUAGAAAAUGGAAAGUUAAGUUAUUCAUAUGAGAACUACAGAAGCUAUUACUUUCCUAAAAGAUUUGGACAGACUGUAGAUUACUAUUGCCUCAAUGGAUAUUCAACCCCCAGUGGAGAAUACUGGGAUCGAAUCACCUGCUCUGAAAGGGGCUGGUUUCCAGAGCCAAAAUGCCUGAAAAAGUGUUACAUCAGCAGGCUGGAAAAUGGUUAUUUCCCACGCCGCAGCCGGAACGAUUUUUACAAGGAAGGUGAAAGAGUCAGAUACGGCUGCAACAGCGACUACCAAGCUCAGCAUGAAGAAGUCACGUGCACGAGGAAUGGCUGGGAACCUCCUCCGAGAUGUACCCGUAAAAAAAAAUGCCAGUAUAUCUAUUUUGAGAAUGGUUUUUUGAACUUGCCAAAGGCAAUAUUCGAUUUAAAAGAGAAGAUCUCAUAUAAAUGUCACAGUGGCUUUGUGACUCCAGAAGGACAAGAAACAGGACACACACAGUGCCAAGAGAGUGGCUGGACUCCACCUCCAAAAUGCAUCAAAUCAUGUAAAGCACCAGGGGACAUUUUGAUUCAGCACACAAUCAAAACUGUGUUCAUGCCUGAAGAUACAAUUGAGUAUUCCUGUUUGAAGGGAUAUAAAACUACAAAUAACAUGCCAACUGAUACCACAAUGUGUGGCAAAAAUGGAGAAUGGAGUCCAGAACCCCAGUGCCGUGAAAUCGAAUGUGCGCUGCCGCCACUGGGCAAUGGAGAUUUCUCUCCCAAAGAGGGUAAAUACCACAGUGGAGAUGUUGUGAAAUUUACCUGUGCAAGAAACUACAAAAGGGUGGGGCCUGCCUCUAUCCAGUGCUACCACUUUGGAUGGUCUCCAUCACCACCACUGUGCAAAGCGAGUGUCAGAGGCUGUGGACCUCCCCCUGCAAUUGCCAAUGGAAGUGUUGUUGAUGGCUCCGUGGAACAGUACCAGCAUGGGGACAGAAAGCAAUAUGAAUGUAACGGCGAAUUUAAGUUGGUUGGAUCAAAGGAAAUAGAAUGUAUUGAUGGACAGUGGUCAUCUCCUCCCUCUUGCAUUGAAGACAAAAUGCCAUGUGAAUCGCCUUCCUCUAUCCCGAAUGUUGCUCUGCAUCAGGCAGAGCAGAGCCAGUAUUCCCACGGGGAUGAAGUAACUUGUGGAUGUAAACCAGGCUCUGACAAUACUGAGGAGAUGAAAAUAAAAUGUCUUAAUGGCGAAUGGAAGCCUUUCCCUGUUUGUGCUGAUGCAUCCCCUCAAUGUGUAACUCCAGAGGAUGUUGUGCUGGUGCACUCUGGUGAAUAUCCCAUGUCACAGAGGAAGACUGGGUUCCGUAAAGUUAUACAUUACACAUGUACAUUAACUGAUGAAAAGGUUAAACAGGCAACUUGUGUGUCUGGGAGAUGGACACCAGAGAUUGCAUGUCCAGCUGAGGAGAGCACCUGCCCACCUCCACCCCAGGUGUCUGGUGCUCAGCAGACAACGGCAGGAAGAAACUACAGGGAUGGGAGUAAAGCAACUUUCUCAUGUCACGACGGUUUCCAGCUCAUCGGUAGAAAGGAAAUAACCUGUACAGAAGGGAAAUGGCAAUCACCACCUCACUGUGUGGAAAGACCAUGUUUGCCACCACAAUCUGUAGAAUGUGCUGAUGCUCCCAGGCUGCAAAAUCCAAACUUUAAAAUUGAAAGAGAAGGGAAAACAAUUUAUCUGGCUGGUGCUAGAUUUACAUAUGUCUCUCGUUCUGGAUACGUGUUAGAUGGACCAACAGAGACAACCUGCUCUAUGGGAAAAUGGUCUGCAGCUCCUUCAUGCUUGGAAAUGCCAUGUGGAAGUGUUCCAAAAGUUGCCAAUGCUCAGUUUGAAGGCAGAAAGAAGAAACGUUAUGAGCCUGGUGAAACAGUUCGCUACCAGUGUGAUUCAGGGUUCCAGAUUGUUGGUUCCCCUGAAAUUAUCUGCAGAAAGGGAAAUUGGACAGCACCACCCUUCUGUGAAGAUGUCAGCUGUGGAGCUGCACCUGAAAUCCCCAAUGGGCGCAUUGCAAGCACUCCUCAGGAGAGGUAUCUGCCCGGUGCCAGAGUGCACUAUCAGUGUGAAAGCAAUUUUCAGAUGACAGGUGGAAAUUACGUCUUCUGUUCAAAUGGUCAAUGGUCACUAGCACCAGUUUGCAGAGAUGUGACAUGUGAACCUCCUCCAGAAAUUGCUGGUGGUAGAAUCGAUGGUAUUAAAAAGUCCCGGUAUAUCCCUGGGGAGCGUGCAAAGUAUCAGUGCUGGAAAAAUUUUAAGAUGACUGGGGAUUCCACUGUAGUGUGCCAGAAUGGGAACUGGUCAGAGCUGCCAACGUGCAAAGGACAAGCUGGGAGAUGUGGCACACCUCCAGCCAUUCAAAGUGGAGAGCUUCUUGUCUUCCCCUUGCAAGAAUAUCAACAAGGGGAUACUGUGGAAUACAAAUGCCCAGAUUUCUAUAUCUUGAAAGGAUCUCCGACAAUCACCUGUCUUAAUGGGCAGUGGACAAGCCCUCCAGUUUGCCUGGUGGCCUGUACAGCAUCAGAAGAAGAUAUGGAGAGAAACAAUAUUGAGCUGAAAUGGGUUGCACAAAACAAGCUGUACUCCACAUCAGGUGACUACAUUGAAUUCCGCUGUAAACAGGGAUAUUUGGAAGACCCAAGUAUUUCCAGCUUCAGAGUGCAGUGUGUGGAGGGGACACUGAAAUACCCACGGUGCACACUGGGAAGGAACUGUGCCCUGGAUAGGAACACUAUGGAAAGGAACCACAUUCAGUUGCAGUCAUCCAGCCAGUCACACCGUCCCUAUCGCUCGGGGGACCCUGUUGUCUUUAGGUGCAAGCCCGGGUACCAGCAGGUUUCCCAUUGGGAGAAAUUUGGGGCACAGUGCAUGGAUGGAGUGAUUAAAUAUCCUAAGUGUGAAUGGAAACCGUGUGACUACCCAGCUAUAGAAAAUGGAAAGUUAAGUUAUUCAUAUGAGAACUACAGAAGCUAUUACUUUCCUAAAAGAUUUGGACAGACUGUAGAUUACUAUUGCCUCAAUGGAUAUUCAACCCCCAGUGGAGAAUACUGGGAUCGAAUCACCUGCUCUGAAAGGGGCUGGUUUCCAGAGCCAAAAUGCCUGAAAAAGUGUUACAUCAGCGGGCUGGAAAAUGGUUAUUUCCCACGCCGCAGCCGGAACGAUUUUUACAAGGAAGGUGAAAGAGUCAGAUACGGCUGCAACAGCGACUACCAAGCUCAGCAUGAAGAAGUCACGUGCAUGAGGAAUGGCUGGGAACCUCCUCCGAGAUGUACCCGUAAAAAAAUCGAAUGUGUGCUGCCGCCAUUGGGCAAUGGAGAUUUCACUCCCAAAGAGGGUAAAUACCACAGUGGAGAUGUUGUGAAAUUUACCUGUGCAAGAAACUACAAAAGGGUGGGGCCUGCCUCUAUCCAGUGCUACCACUUUGGAUGGUCUCCAUCACCACCACUGUGCAAAGCGAGUGUCAGAGGCUGUGGACCUCCCCCUGCAAUUGCCAAUGGAAGUGUUGUUGAUGGCUCCGUGGAACAGUACCAGCAUGGGGACAGAAAGCAAUAUGAAUGUAACGGCGAAUUUAAGUUGGUUGGACCAAAGGAAAUAGAAUGUAUUGAUGGACAGUGGUCAUCUCCUCCCUCUUGCAUUGAAGACAAAAUGCCAUGUGAAUCGCCUUCCUCUAUCCCGAAUGUUGCUCUGCAUCAGGCAGAGCAGAGCCAGUAUUCCCACAGGGAUGAAGUAACUUGUGGAUGUAAACCAGGCUCUGACAAUACUGAGGAGAUGAAAAUAAAAUGUCUUAAUGGCGAAUGGAAGCCUUUCCCUGUUUGUGCUGAUGCAUCCCCUCAAUGUGUAACUCCAGAGGAUGUUGUGCUGGUGCGCUCUGGCGAAUAUCCCAUGUCACGGAGGAAGACUGGGUUCCGUAAAGUUAUACAUUACACAUGUACAUUAACUGAUGAAAAGGUUAAACAGGCAACUUGUGUGUCUGGGAGAUGGACACCAGAGAUUGCAUGUCCAGCUGAGGAGAGCACCUGCCCACCUCCACCCCAGGUGUCUGGUGCUCAGCAGACAACGGCAGGAAGAAACUACAGGGAUGGGAGUAAAGCAACUUUCUCAUGUCACGACGGUUUCCAGCUCAUCGGUAGAAAGGAAAUAACCUGUACAGAAGGGAAAUGGCAAUCACCACCUCACUGUGUGGAAAGACCAUGUUUGCCACCACAAUCUGUAGAAUGUGCUGAUGCUCCCAGGCUGCAAAAUCCAAACUUUAAAAUUGAAAGAGAAGGGAAAACAAUUUAUCUGGCUGGUGCUAGAUUUACAUAUGUCUCUCGUUCUGGAUACGUGUUAGAUGGACCAACAGAGACAACCUGCUCUAUGGGAAAAUGGUCUGCAGCUCCUUCAUGCUUGGAAAUGCCAUGUGGAAGUGUUCCAAAAGUUGCCAAUGCUCAGUUUGAAGGCAGAAAGAAGAAACGUUAUGAGCCUGGUGAAACAGUUCGCUACCAGUGUGAUUCAGGGUUCCAGAUUGUUGGUUCCCCUGAAAUUAUCUGCAGAAAGGGAAAUUGGACAGCACCACCCUUCUGUGAAGAUGUCAGCUGUGGAGCUGCACCUGAAAUCCCCAAUGGGCGCAUUGCAAGCACUCCUCAGGAGAGGUAUCUGCCUGGUGCCAGAGUGCACUAUCAGUGUGAAAGCAAUUUUCAGAUGACAGGUGGAAAUUACGUCUUCUGUUCAAAUGGUCAAUGGUCACUAGCACCAGUUUGCAGAGAUGUGACAUGUGAACCUCCUCCAGAAAUUGCUGGUGGUAGAAUUGAUGGUAUUAAAAAGUCCCGGUAUAUCCCUGGGGAGCGUGCAAAGUAUCAGUGCUGGAAAAAUUUUAAGAUGACUGGGGAUUCCACUGUAGUGUGCCAGAAUGGGAACUGGUCAGAGCUGCCAACGUGCAAAGGACAAGCUGGGAGAUGUGGCACACCUCCAGCCAUUCAAAGUGGAGAGCUUCUUGUCUUCCCCUUGCAAGAAUAUCAACAAGGGGAUACUGUGGAAUACAAAUGCCCAGAUUUCUAUAUCUUGAAAGGAUCUCCGACAAUCACCUGUCUUAAUGGGCAGUGGACAAGCCCUCCAGUUUGCCUGGUGGCCUGUACAGCAUCAGAAGAAGAUAUGGAGAGAAACAAUAUUGAGCUGAAAUGGGUUGCACAAAACAAGCUGUACUCCACAUCAGGUGACUACAUUGAAUUCCGCUGUAAACAGGGAUAUUUGGAAGACCCAAGUAUUUCCAGCUUCAGAGUGCAGUGUGUGGAGGGGACACUGAAAUACCCACGGUGCACACUGGGAAGGAACUGUGCCCUGGAUAGGAACACUAUGGAAAGGAACCACAUUCAGUUGCAGUCAUCCAGCCAGUCGCACCGUCCCUAUCGCUCGGGGGACCCUGUUGUCUUUAGGUGCAAGCCCGGGUACCAGCAGGUUUCCCAUUGGGAGAAAUUUGGGGCACAGUGCAUGGAUGGAGUGAUUAAAUAUCCUAAGUGUGAAUGAUCGUAGUGGCUUGGGUAAAUGGAAAUGGUGUGAGGGAGCCCAGCUGUGGAAAUGCAAAGAGCCCUCAACCAGCCUAGUGAUUUGAGCUCAGCUUUUCCUGGUGUUUCCCAUUUUGCUGUGCUUUGUUUGCAGCUUUGCCAAUGUUGUGUCUUGGAAUUUGUUCUUGUUUAUAUUAUUGGAUGGUUGUUUGCGUAUUAUCCACAUUAGAUCUAGUUUUGUAGAUGUAUAUACAUUUUAUGCAGCCAAAGGAUUGUGCUUGCAUUUUCUCCAUUCUAUACUGCUCACAUUGUUAUUCUAUUAACAAUUGUGUCCUGGAAACAGGCUGGCUUUGGUGGCAUACUGAGACAAGAAUUAAAGCUAAUUUGAUU